UUAUAAUAAUUGGGCCCAAAUGUUAAUCUGCUUUGAACGAUGCCUGUUCGACCUUUGUCUCCGGUAUUGGCGGAAAAAGCACGUUUGGAACUAAACGAAGAUCCCACAAAACUUGAAGGUGGAAUACAAUAUCUCAAGGAAUGGAUUGCUAAGCAGCCACACUUACGCGCCAGAACCGAUGAUCAAUGGUUGGCUACAUUUUUGAGAGGAUGCAAAUUUAGUCUUGAGCGAGCGAAAGAGAAAAUUGAUCUAAAUUACUCUUUGAGGAGCACUGCCCCCGAACUUUAUAGUAUUAACCACAAAAAUCCCAAGUUUAAGGAGAUUUUGAAUUUAGGCCCCAGUCUCGUUUUACCCAAAUCACUGAACCCCACAGAUCCAAGAGUAGUAUUAAUUAGGCCCGGUGCAUACGAUCCUGCCAAAUAUUCUCUUACUGAUGUUAUGUCAGUUAUGGGUAUUAUAAUGCGGAUAAUGUAUGUAGAAGACGAUGCGUUUGUGGUGUGCGGCGGGGUAAAUAUAAUGGAUCUACAGGGAGCGACUAUGGCUCACGUUGCACAGGCCUCGGCGGCUAUGAUGAAGAAAAUGGCUGUCAUUGGCCAGGAUGCUGCUCCUAUUCGUAUGAAAGGUUCUCAUUAUUUAAACUUGCCCCCGGGAUUCGAAACUAUACUCAACAUCGGUAAAUCAUUCCUCAACGAAAAGAACAGAAACAGGGAUAAAAUGCCAGUCCGACCUUUGUCACCCGAGUUGCAAGAAAAAGCUCGCGUAGAGCUGGGGGAAGACCCGCAGCGGCUUCAAGAUGGAAUACAACAUCUCAAGGAAUGGCUGGCCAAGCAGCCUCACCUCAAUGCUAGGACAGAUGAUCAAUGGUUAGCAGCAUUUCUGCGUGGAUCUAAGUUCAGUUUAGAACGUGCCAAGGAGAAGUUAGAUCUACACUAUUCAGUCAGGGCAAUUGCUCCUGAGCUAUUCCGAGUUCAUCACAGAGAUCCGAAGUUCAAGGAAAUUAUCAAAAAUGGUACGUUUGCCAUUUUACCGAAAUUAGCAAGUCCAACGGCGCCUAGAGUUGUCAUAAUGAGAGCUGGCCAUUAUGAUCCAAACAAGAUAUCUAUCGUUGACAUAAUGUCAACGGUUAGUGUUAUCGUGAAGAUUUUAUACAUGGAAGACGAUUCGUAUAUGGUAUCUGGUGCAGUUAGCGUUAUGGAUUUAGAGGGAUCUACGAUGGCUCACUUUGGGCAAAUGACGCCCUCACUAAUGAAGAAGGUGACUGUUACUAACCAGGUAUGUUACGAUGCGGCUCCUGUUCGAAUUAAAGGAGCUCAUUAUCUGAACACGCCAUCCUUUUUCGAAUCAGUGUUCAACUUAAUGAAAACUUUCAUUAAUGAAAAACUCAAGCAGAGAAUACAUGUCCACAAUAAAGAUUAUGAAGGAUUGUACAAACACGUACCAAAAGAAAUACUACCAGCGGAAUAUGGAGGCAACAGCGGAACAAUCCAAGAAAUAAACGAAUAUUGGAUACAGAAGGUCGAGGAAUACGGCACCUGGUUAGAUGAAGACCUGCAGUAUGGGUCGGACGAGGGCAAGCGGCCGGGUAAGCCGAACACGGCCGAGGACAUGUUUGGAGUCGAGGGUUCCUUUAGACAACUACAAUAUGUCUCUAUGAUCCGUGAACUGGCUCCCAUUUUAGCUAAGAUAGCUAAAGAUGAGUUGAACGAAAAUACAAAAAGGACACAAGAAGACGUGCAACACUUAAAGGAGUGGAUCACAAAGCAGCCUCAUUUGAAGGCCCGGACGGAUGAUCAGUGGUUGGUAGCAGUCCUGAGAGGCUGCAAGUUCAGUCUGGAACGAGUUAAGAAGAAAUUGGAUUUAUAUUAUACGUUGAGAACAACGGCACCUGAUGUGACUCUUCGCCUUAAGCCUACUGAAAAUAAGUUUAUGGAGUUUCUCCGACUUGGAACUGUUAUCAUCCUUCCCGAGGCGACUCAAAAGUUGUCACCUCGCAUCAUCCUUAUCCGCCCAGGCUUCUACCACCCUAACACACAUAAUGUAGCCGACAUCAUGUGUAUCUUGAUUUAUCUGGUGCAAAUUUUGGUCGUUGAAAGCGAUGCGGCGACAGUAAUGGGUACGAAGAUCGUGGUAGAUUACCAAGGAGUCGCCAUGGCUCAUCUGGCACAGGCCAACCCGACAUUACUCAAGAAAAUAAUAGCUGUUAGCCAAGAAUCAAUGCCUCUGCGGUUAAAAGGCAGCCAUCACGUGAACCUACCCGCUGGCAUUGACGCCAUUUUUCAAUUAAUCAAAGGACUCAUAAAUGCAAAAGCUAGAGACAGGUUCAAGAUACACAAAAAUUACGAAGAAUUAAGGGAAUUUGUACCGCAAGAAUCUUUACCAAAAGAAUACGGAGGCAGUGGCGGAACUAUUGCGGAAAUAACAGAAAAAUGGGUGAAAAAAAUGGCAGAAUACAAGUCAUGGAUGCAGCAGGAAGAGACCCUCGGCACAGACGAGUCGCGGCGUGCCGGAGCGCCGCGCACGGCCGAGGAAAUGUUCGGCGCGGACGGAUCCUUUAGAAAACUCCACAUUGACUGAAUUUUCCCAAUUAUAGUUUACCUAAAAAUAUCUCUUGUGGGUCAUACGAGUAUGUACGUAGAAGAACAAGUUUUCAUCUCUCCUAUACGGAAAGUUUCCUUUCAAAGGUUGUUUGUUAGCCGGUAAUUGCAUUUCCCACCCUAGGGUGGAAAGUAUUUUUUUUUAAUAUUGUACUUAGAGCAACGGCUAAAAGCCAUAUAUGCCAUGUCAUUCAGUUAAAAGCUCUCAUAUUAGUUUCCGU